AUGGAUGCAGGUAUCUGUAAAAAGGCAAAAGUUGAUGAUGGAUUGCAAUUAACUAAAGAUAUUGGAAGUGGUGCUCCUGUAUAUUUAGAAGAAGUACAAGACACAGAAGGCAGUACUACUCUCUUGUUUUCUCUAACAGAAAAAGUUGGAGCUCUAGCCGAAGCUUUAUCGAUAUUUGAUACUCAUCGAGUAAAUCUACAUCAUAUUGAGUCUCGACCAUCAGUAGAAGAUAGUGAAAAUUAUCAGUUCUUUGUCGCAUGUGAUAAUCAGAGAGGUGGUCUGAAAGAAGCAAUAGUUGCUUUGAAACAGAAAUGUAAAGAUUUGACCAUUUUAUCACGUAACCCUGGGGAACAGAAGAAUGAAGUCUUUACUCUAGUACCAUGGUUUCCGAGGAAAAUUGCUGAUUUAGAUAGAUUUGCUAACCAAAUAUUGAGUUAUGGUUCAGAACUGGAUUCAGAUCACCCUGGUUUUACAGAUUCAGUUUACAGAGCAAGAAGAAAGGAGUUUGCUGAUAUUGCCUUUCAUUAUAAACAUGGACAACCUAUUCCUCGAGUUGAAUAUACCCAAGAUGAGAUUAAAACAUGGGGAACUAUCUUCAAUGAAUUAACCAAACUAUACCCUACGCGUGCCUGUCGUGAAUAUAAUCAUGUUUUCCCACUACUUGUUGAUAACUGUGGUUUUAGAGAGGAUAACAUACCCCAACUAGAAGAUAUUUCAGAGUUUCUAAAAGAUUGUACAGGAUUUUCAUUGAGACCAGUAGCUGGACUGCUGUCAUCUCGAGAUUUCUUGGCUGGACUUGCAUUUCGUGUAUUUCAUUCUACCCAAUAUAUUCGUCAUGGAUCUAAACCAAUGUAUACACCAGAACCUGAUAUUUGUCACGAAUUGUUAGGACAUGCCCCUUUAUUGGCUGAUCCAGCUUUCGCUCAAUUUUCUCAAGAAAUCGGUUUGGCUAGUCUUGGGGCUCCGGAGGACUAUAUUCAAAACCUGGCUACUCUAUUCUGGUUUACUGUUGAAUUUGGUCUCUGUCGACAAGAAGGACAACUGAAAGCUUAUGGAGCUGGUCUCUUAUCGUCUUUUGGAGAACUUCAGUACUGUAUCUCUGAUAAACCUGAGAAAAGGGAAUUUGAUCCAACAAUUACAGCUGAACAGAAAUAUCCAGUAACUGAAUACCAACCAGUGUACUUUGUUGCUGACAGCUUUGAAUCAGCUAAAGUAAAAUUAAGAAAUUAUGCAUGUACCAUUCCAAGAGCAUUUAGUGUACGUUAUAACCCAUAUACACAGAAUGUUGAUGUCAUCAAUAAUAAACAACAAAUUGUCAACCUUACCAAAGUAAUCAAGGGUGAUAUAGACUUGUUGGAGGAAGCUCUUGUGAAGUGUAGAAAUAUUCCUGCACAUUAA